GACAUCUCGCUCAACAUUGCGAUGGGCAUGUUCGGACGUGGUUUCAAAGCUUGCAAUGCGGACGACUUCAUGCACAGAGGCCACAGUCUGGCCUACUUGCUUCCCAAGGACAAGUUUGCCAAACCUGGCUUGUUCAUCGCCAACACAGUUGGAGGUCCAGGCACCUCAAGAAUCAAUCAGAGCUGGUUUGACCAUUGCACGCUCCGCCAAAAUCUUCAUCGGGCUGGCUACGAAGACUUCCUGGCGGCCCCAGACAGCGUGAUCAUGAUCAACAUUUUGUUUGGCGAAUCCAUAUCUCUUCGCACAAACGGCCUACCAAUGGGGAGAUAUUUCGCUUGGCAGUUCAACUCGAGAGUUCACUUUGACGAUGGAUUCGUUGAUGCUAUUUUGGCAGCGGCGAGAACGAACAACUUCAGCAUCGUCAUGUUCCGAGCAGGCGCUGCGCCUGGCCACGAUGGUCUGAAGCCGUAUGAGGCUAUGAAGUCCAG